UAUCACAGAUCAGGUGCCCGUCUGCACGUUCAAAGGUAGAUCCUGUAUUCAACUGGCACUGUAACCAAGUAAAAAUCUCAACGAAAUGUAAUAUAGUCAUUUAAUAUUCAGCUUUUAAGAUCUGAUGUAAUAUAUAGAUGAUGGCAGAUUCAUCAGAUGUGAUUGAUAAUGAUCCUGGAAAUGAAGGUGUGAUGGAGAAGAAUGAUUCUGGUAAUGGAGAUGUUCAACAGGAUGGACAAGAGGAGAAACAAUUUACUUCUGUGGCAUCCACAUAUUUUGACCAGAAAAUCCAAAUACCUGAUGUUCCUCAGACCCGUUUUAGCUUUAGAAAGUUGUGGGCUUUCACAGGGCCUGGUUUCUUAAUGAGUAUAGCAUACCUUGACCCUGGAAAUAUAGAAUCAGAUUUACAAGCUGGUUCUGUUGCUAGAUUUAAAUUGUUAUGGGUGCUAAUGUCUGCCACAUUUCUAGGACUGUUGAUGCAACGACUUUCUGCCAGAUUAGGAGUUGUGUCAGGUUUCCACUUGGCAGAAAUUUGCUAUAAAAGAUAUGGGAAAGUUCCUCGUAUCAUCUUAUGGAUAAUGAUAGAAAUAGCUAUUAUAGGUUCUGAUAUGCAAGAGGUUAUAGGAACAGCCAUCGCAUUUUAUUUACUGUCUAAUGGAAAAAUACCAUUGUAUGCUGGUGUAUUGAUCACAAUUUUUGACACUUUUACGUUCCUGUUUUUGGACAAAUUUGGUUUACGUAAAUUAGAAUUCUUCUUCACAUUCCUCAUCACAGUGAUGGCAGUAACAUUUGGUUAUGAGUAUGUUGUUGUCGCUCCAGACCAGCCUUCACUAUUAAAGGGACUUUUUGUACCAGGCUGUGCAGAUUGUGGACCCAAACAAAUUUUACAAGCUGUAGGAAUAAUUGGUGCUAUUAUCAUGCCACAUAAUAUAUAUCUUCAUUCUGCUCUUGUCAAGUCUCGAGAUGUAGAUAGAACAAAGAAAGAAGAAGUGAGUGAAGCCAACAAAUAUUUCUUUAUAGAAGCAGCCAUCGCCUUACUGGUCUCAUUUAUCAUUAAUGUCUUUGUUACAUCAGUUUUUGCUGAAGGUUUCUAUGGCCGUCGUCCUGAAGAUAUAUACAAUAAAUGUUUGGCAGAAGGGAAUCCUUAUGCACAUUUAUUUAAUGUAACAGAGGUGAAUGUUGAUAUUUAUAGAGGGGGUGUGUUUUUGGGAUGUCAGUUUGGGAUAGCAGCAAUGUAUAUAUGGGCAGUAGGAAUUUUAGCAGCAGGCCAAAGUUCUACCAUGACAGGAACCUAUACAGGACAGUUUGUCAUGGAGGGUUUCCUUAAUUUAAAAUGGAAAAGAUGGCAGAGAGUUUUAUUAACCAGAACUAUAGCCAUUGCUCCAACGAUAUUUAUAUCUAUAUACGAGGGUAUAGAACAACUAAGUGGUAUGAAUGAUCUCCUCAAUGUAUUGAUGAGUCUACAGUUACCAUUCGCACUGAUACCAAUCUUAGCUUUCACAAGUUCUACUGAUAUCAUGGGAGAUUUUAAAAAUGGGAUAGUAAUGAAGAUAAUAUCUGGUGUUUUAGCAGCAGUUGUAAUAGGAAUUAAUAUGUAUUUUGUGGCAGUCUAUAUACAACAGUUACCCAACCAUUGGGCUAUAUACCUGGGUGUAGCUGUACUUAUUUUCUUCUACUUUGCAUUUGUUUUGUAUCUGGUAUGGCAUUGUUUAGUUACUAUGGAAAUAGAAAUAUUUUCCAGAAUACCAUGUCCAUCAUUCUUGAGAACAGUACCAAAUGAUACAUAUGAAGAAUUCCAAGAUGAAGUGGACUUUGAACUUAGUGGGGAGCGAGAGUUGAAUAUACAGGAAUCAAAUAAUUAUAACCAGUGAUCUUUAAAUAUUAUACCACAUAUCUGUCAAAAGUCUGGAAUUCUAGGUACUAUAUAACAGUACAAACUAUUCAACUGAUGAUUUAGUGUCUUUGAUGCUAAUUUUACUUACUGUCUUUUUGUUGUAUUUCACAUAAAAAGUACAUAAACAUUGUCAUGAAAUUAAAUUGUCGGUGAUGACAUACUUUAGAAUCUUCACUGUUAACAUAGUUACAGCUCUGAUGUUGACUUUAAGAUAAGUACAAUUUGUAUAAAUUUAAUGCUGAGGUUUAAAGAAGAUAAAUAAAUUGAAAUUAAAAGCUAUAAUGGUUUUGCACUCUUGUGUGAAUUGUAAGUACAAUACUCGAAUAAAUUUUAUGUCUUUUAAGCAAUUUGUAUUACUGCUUUCUUCAUAAAUAUUUUAAUAUUGUUGCAUACAUUUAUAUUUUUUUUAUCAAAAGAAUUUUUUCAUACUCAAUAUCUUUGUGAUUUAUUUAAAAAAAAAAUAUUUUACACUAUUUGAUAUGAAGUCUUAAGGGGAUAUUCACCAGUUUCAUGGCUACCGUUUAUUUUCUCAAAACUAAAACACAAAUACUUUUAUAAAUGUUUCUUUUUUUUAGUGAUAGAAUAUAUGUAUACAAAUAUGAAAAAAAAAUAUGACAAUGUGUGAAUCAAUCAUUGUAAUUGAUCAACAAAUAUAUACUGUUGGUAAAAUUGAUAAAAGCCAGAAUUACUUACAAGUUAUAUUUUUGUUAAAAAGAAACUUGGAUAAAACUGGUAGAUAUGUCCUUAACACAGCAAUAUUACUUAAGUCUUUUAAAUUAUGUUGUACAACUUUAUACAUUUUUAUAUUUAUGAGUUUUAAUGCAGCAAGAUCAAUUAUAACAUGAUUAUCUUUUUUUCAAAAUGUUACAUUCAAUAAUUGUUUAGUAAGUGGAUUUAUAAAAGGUGUUUAAUACUGUCCUGUGCAUUCACUUAAUCUGUUUUAAUCUUUAUUGAAUGAUUUGCUUUUGUAUAAGGCAAACUAGUGGGAACCAUUGGAUGGUAAAAAGUUGUAUUAGAUAUUUAAUGGUAAGGGGUAGAAAAUAAAGGACAUUAGACACUUUGAUGCAACAAGUAUAAUGUUAUUGCUUGCAACACUUAGGGAGCUGCCAUUUGAUUUUUAUGGGGGGGGGGGAGGUUGGGCUAGGUUGAAAAUUUUGUCCUGCAUUUUUUUUUAGUUGUAAUCUCUGUCCUGCCUUUUUAUUUUUCACUCUAUUCGGUCCUGCCUUUUUUUUUAGUUUAUCCUGACUUUUUUUUACAUAAAUUGUCAUCUUGCCUUUUUUUUUUGGCAAAGUGUCUCAUCCUGCCUUUUUUUUUUACUCAAAACUCUGGUCCUUCCUAUUUUUUUCAAAUUUCAUCCUAGCACCCCAAUAAAAAUCAAAUGGUAGCUCCCUUAGGCAUUAGUUACAUUGACAACAAUUGAUACCACUACAAGUUUUAGAAAACUUUCUAUUGCUGAAGAUGAAGAAACUUACAGAAUUGAAGACUAUCGAUGGUCUUCCAAAGGAAAGGGUGUUUCUUAGCUACAAUCUCAUGAAAGGGCAAUAGACUUGAGAUGAGAUGUAGCCGAGAAACAUCCUAGAGUUUGAAAGACCAUUGAUAAUCUGUUUAUCGCUAUUUUCCUAGACAAUGCCAGUGGCGGAUCCAGAAAUUUUCAUAAGUGGGGGCCCACUGACUGUCUAAGAGGGGGCCCGCUCCGGUCAUGCUUCAGUGAUCCUCUAUAUAAUCAACCAAAUUUUUCCCCCCUAAAUCCGCCUCUGAACGCCAAUUACAUAGGCUCAUGACAUUAUAUUUUCUCUUUCUCUUGACUAAGAAAAAAAUACGUUGUUGGUAACGGGCCUUAGAUACUUGCAAUAAUUUUCUAUUUAAAGUGAGUAACACAAUAUGAAAAAUUAUCACAAAAAAAGAUCAAUGAAAAAAUACACAAAAUAGCAAUAAUACAUAUUCUCUGUAUAUAUACCUUGAGCCAUGACAGAUCUAUAUAUCUAGCAAUGCUAGACUUUCUUUUAAUAUUCAAGUGCUUUUAGUAGAAUGUUUAAAGUUUUAUAGAAAAUGAAACACCAAGACUUACCAAUUUUGCAUAUAGAUGCCUCUAUAAGGGCUCAUAUAAGUUACUUUUGACAUUGACCUUAUUUUUACAAUUGACUUAGCCAUGGUAUUUUAUUAUAAAUUCUAUUAGUUUUAAUUGUAAGGCACCUGGAUUUGGUCUGUGUUUGUAAGGUGGCAGAUUGACAUGUUAUACAUGUUAUUCUUUAAGCAAUGGAACAUUUGUACGAACUAGGGACUGUAAUCACUAAAACAUUACAUUAUGAAUACAAGUGACAUUACAGAGGAUUAUGAAUACAAGUGACAUUACAGGGGAUUAUGAAUACAAGUGACAUUACAGAGGAUUAUGAAUACAAGUGACAUUACAGAGGAUUAUGAAUACAAGUGACAUUACAGGGGAUUAUGAAUACAAGUGACAUUACAGAGGAUUAUGAAUACAAGUGACAUUACAGAGGAUUAUGAAUACAAGUGACAUUACAGAGGAUUUUGAAUACAAGUGACAUUACAGAGAAUUAUGAAUAUACAUGACAUCACAAUUCAAUUCAAUAUUUUAUUUAAGUCUCAUCUAUAAAAAAAUAUACAGUACAUCAUAUAACAAUAAAUCGUGUCGCUUUUUAGAUGAGUUUUGGGGAGAAAUAUUGGAAAAAUUCAGAUUGGUAAACAGUGACUUUUACUGAGAUAGCUUUAUCAGUGGAGUUAUCGUUAACACUGAGUGCAAUAGUGUUGUUGAAUAAAAAAAAAUGUUAAACCGGACCCUAUUUUUUCCCCAAUUAAUUUAUUCACAUAUAUUUUGAUGAUUGUAUUAGUUUUUCAAAAGUUUUAUCUUAGACAAAUAUAUGUAUAUCCAACUAAAUGAUUUAGAGAGGCAAGUUUGUGUGUCCACACUUAUUACACAUCAACAAAAACUAUCAAUAACUAAGCAUCAGUAGAUUUAGGUGGUGGAAACAUGAAAUCUAGUUAUCAUGAUCUUCUGUUGUCAAGAGGUCUUCAUUUUCUUAAUUCUUUUCAUAAAAUAUCAAACUAUAUAUACUUAAAUAUAUUUAAUUUUGAAAUCAAUGGGAUAAAUUUCUGAAACUGUGGCAUUUUAAUUCCUACUUUUAAUAUAUAUUUACAAGUAAACUGUCUUUACUUUUAUAACUGUUAUGUUAUACUAUAUUCAUAAAUGUUACUUGUUAAAAUAUUUAUAAAAAAUAAAAUUAUAUUUUGUUUUGGUA